GGAGAGUGGUUGCGGCUGCGCCAUCCCUAAGCUUCCAGGCGCGCAGGCUGGACCCCUGGAGACGCGAGCUGGCGCCUGGGGCAGAAGCAGCGAAGGGGACUUUCGGCUGGCUGCCGCCUCAGCGGUCACCGCAGCCGGCGGCCUCCUCUCCUGACCCUCCAGAAAAGGAGCCCCUUCCCUGAGCUCCUGAAUGAGAUAGAGGUUGCUACUGAACUUGCUACUAAGGAGGUACCACCGAACCUAGGGGACCCGUGUGGGCCAGGGGCGUCUUAAAGAAGAAGAGACGGGUUUGUAUUUUUCCUAUAAAGGCCCGGGAGUCCGCGGCGACGGUGGGCUCAAAGGACUGCCAGGAGCGAGCCUCCCCCGGGGAAGCCGCAGAAGGACUUGGAGCGCAGGUCCACGCAGACGCGGGCUGGGGGAACUGCAGCUCCUCGCAGGGCACUGGUGGAGGGAACGGGGUCGCCGGCCCCUCUGCCCUGGCAGACAUGCACAACGCGUCAUUUUCCGAGCUGGGGCCAGCCAACACGUCGUGCUUGGGCCCCGCACUGGGCUGCCCCAACGCAUCGAGCCCGCCGCCGCCUCCGCCGCCACUGCCUCUGCCGCUGGCGGUGGCGGUGCCGGUCGUCUACGCGGUGAUCUGCGCGGUGGGGCUGGCGGGCAACUCGGCAGUGCUGUACGUGCUGCUGCGGGCGCCCCGCAUGAAGACCGUCACCAACCUGUUUAUCCUCAACCUGGCCAUCGCGGAUGAACUCUUCACGCUCGUGCUGCCCAUCAACAUCGCUGACUUCCUCCUGCAGCAGUGGCCCUUUGGGGAGCUCAUGUGCAAGCUCAUCGUGGCCAUCGACCAGUACAACACGUUCUCCAGCCUCUACUUCCUCACGGUCAUGAGCGCCGACCGCUACCUGGUAGUGCUGGCCACCGCCGAGUCACGCCGGGUGGCUGGCCGCACGUAUAGCGCCGCGCGCGCAGUGAGCCUGGCCGUGUGGGGACUCGUGACGCUGGUCGUGCUGCCCUUCGCGGUCUUCGCCCGGCUCGACGACGAGCAGGGCCGGCGCCAGUGCGUGCUGGUCUUCCCGCAGCCAGAGGCCUUCUGGUGGCGGGCGAGCCGCCUCUAUACGCUUGUGCUCGGCUUCGCCAUCCCCGUGUCCACCAUCUGCGUUUUCUACAGCAUCCUGCUGUACCGACUGCGCGCCAUACGGCUGGACAGCCAAGCCAAGGCUCUGGAUCGCGCUAAGAAGCGGGUGACUCUCUUGGUGGUGGCGAUUCUGGCCGUGUGCCUCCUCUGCUGGACGCCCUACCACCUGAGCACCGUGGUGGCGCUCACUACUGACCUCCCUCAGACGCCUCUUGUCAUCGCGCUCUCCUACUUCAUCACCAGCUUGAGUUACGCCAACAGCUGCCUCAACCCCUUUCUCUAUGCCUUCCUGGACGACAGCUUCCGCAGGAGCCUUCGCCAGCUGCUGGCCUGCCGGGCUGCCGCUUAAUCCUCCUCCCCACACCCUUUCGCGUACCCUGCGCCCCAGUCCUGGCUGCUCCAGCUCCGGCUGGUGCAGAGGGAGCAGGCGCCCGCGGAGCUCGGGAGGCCUUCCUGAGCUAUAGGCUCCUGUCGCCGACCCCGAAAAUUUGCUAAAGAUCCAGAUUCUUGGGCUCCGGCUCAGACAUAGGGAAUCCGACGCACUAGGGCUGCGCCCUCAGUUUGAAAAUACCAAGCCGUCCAGAUAAUGCAGGACCACGUUAAGUAUGAGGACUGUUGAGAAUGAGAACGCAAGCGGAGCGCUCCCUAAUGCCAAAGGGGCACCGAGUUGACCCCCGAAUUUGACAGGGAGGUCCGGAAGGGAGGAGGAGGGCGGCAGUGGUGCUGGGAGCCCUCUGCCCUUUCCCCCUUUCUCCACCCGCCCAGGGCGUUCUCAACUCAGGCUCUAGGUGGAGGACUCUGCGCUAUCCCUGGAUACAGGGAGGCGGAGGCGGAGGUGGGGAUGGGCGC